AGAAUGGCAGAAACCCCAGCCGAGAACGGCCGACCGCUUGUGCUCACUCUCUUUCCCUCUCGCCGCUCUCUUUCUCGCUCCUUUUGGGGCGACGGGUUCCAAACGGCGACACCAUACUCAGACGCAAAGGUCGACGUCACUAAACGAAUCGCCCGCCACCUGCCCCUGCCCCCUUCUGUCGACGCCGGCGAUCGUACUGGCUUGAGCCUGCCCGCAUCCACUUGUCGUUGCACCUCCGCGUCCCAGCUCGCGCACGAUUGGCCGAAAAGCGGUUUGCCAACCCAAAAUAGCCCCACUCAGAACGCUGCAGACGACUAUGAAGCGCCGGAUGGGCAGUGACGCGCGGAAGCGUCUGGGCGCGUACGAGAAGCAUGCAGAGAUCGGGCGCGGCACUUAUGGCACCGUGUAUCUCGGGUACCAUGCCGAUUCCCGAGAGCGGGUGGCUAUUAAGAAGGUGCUCGGGUCGCUGAAGGUGGGGCGCCACGAGGCUGACAUCCUCUCCAAGUGUCAAGGUGCCAAGCACGUAGUUCAGCUGCUCGAGGUCGUGGAGCGUCAUGACAAGCUCUACUUGAUACUGGAGCAUAUGGAUAGUGACUUGGAGACGUUGAUUGGCGCCACGGAGAGCGUUCCGAUGCUCGAAGUGGCGCAGGUGAAGGCAUACUUGAAGAUGCUGUUGCUAGGCGUGCAGGAGCUCCAUUCACGCGGCAUUCUACACCGUGAUCUGAAGCCCAACAACCUGCUGCUCUCGAAGGCGCAGCACAUUGCCAAAAUUACCGAUUUCGGCAUGGCUACUGUGAUAGAGAAGGAAAACGAAGAUGGAGAUACAGAUGGCGACGCAGCAAGCGAGAAGAAGCCAAAGAGAUCCGUGCAGGUAGUUACCAGGGCUUAUCGAGCUCCCGAGAUCUUCUUCGGCGAAGAGAGCUAUGGGUUCGAAGUGGACAUGUGGUCUGUUGGCUGCAUCUUCGCCGAGAUGCUGCUGCGACGUCCACUGGCGGACGGAUCCUCAGACAUCGACCAGCUGAGCAAGAUCUUCGCUGCGUUGGGGUCACCGGCAGAAAACGGAUGGGACGAAGCCAGCGAGUUGCCGUUUUUCCUCCGGUUUAAGGACACGAACCCGACGCCAUUGACCGAGCAGUUCUCAAUGCUGUCGCCUGCUGGUGUUGAGUUGCUGUCUCAAAUGCUACAGCUAGACCCGAAGAAGCGCAUUUCAGUUCGUGCGGCACUUCAGCACGAGUUUUUCAGCGAGAAACCCGAGUUAGUAUCUCCGUCCGAUCUGAUCAUCGUAGAUGCUCCUGAUCGUGUAGAUCCCCCUAUUAUCGACGGUGCCGACGUCGUCGUAGCGUCGGAUGCUAGUCAUACUUUUAUGAUCAAAGGGCGACGACUUUUGUAGACGAAUACAGUGUCACAAGGGAGGAUGCGUAUUGCUGUUUAAGCGACCCGCACACAGGCCCGAAUCUCUAAAAGCGACCGUAAUAGACGCAUGUUAGUCCUGACGACACCUAGCGCUUAUCCCUUCUUGAUCUUGGUCUCGUUAAAAAUCACGUG